AUGUAUCUUUGGCGAACCUGUUUCUACCAUACCCUGAUCGCAUGGCUUCUGUUGGAGCUGCUGCUGCUGCAGGCAUACAUUGUUUCGUGUGUGAGUACGGAUGAUGAUACUACCGAGGAUAAUCAUAUACGCUACUUCGAAACCAUCGCUCUAUCCGAUAUUCGGACGAGACAUCUCUCGAAGAGGGAGAUCCAGAGAAGCGGCGCAAGCAAAGAAGUCAGCUUCCGCGCGCUCGGCCGCAGUUUUCAGCUGAUACUCUCCCCGACAAAAGGAUUGCUCUCAGCUCAGUUCAAGGCGUACACAGUUGACCGGACCGGAGCUCGAAAACCCGUGUGGGUGGAUAAUUCACAGUUUUUCGAAGGAAAACUCCUAGGUGAGGUCGACUCAAAUGUGAGUGCGCACAUCGACGACGGGGUUCUUACCGCGUCCAUUCGACUGCCGACCGAUGUGUACAUAGUAGAGCCUUCAUGGCGUCAUGCAGAAGCGCUCAAACAUCCCGAUUUCCGGGAGACGGCUCGAGACGAUCUCACCAAUACCACCAACAUGAUCGUCUACCGCGCUUCGGACGUAGACUACGGCUGGGAUCGGGGAGACCCCUCGCGUUUCUGUGGGGCCAUCCACGAGAACGCCACAUCGACCAUGGGCCGAGUGUUCGGCAAGAGAGAUCUCAUCCAAGAAGGUCCCGAGGGAGAUCCGGUCGUUGGGGAGCCCUUGCGUCAGUACGAACCCACGCAGACCCGGUGCUCCCUGUUGCUGGUGGCCGAUCACAAGUUCUACGAGAACAUGGGCGGCAAGAGUCAGAAAGGAACGAUCAAUUUCAUCAUCUCGCUCAUCGACCGAGUCAACAAGAUAUUCCUCGACACCGAAUGGAAGGACAAUGAACGACAGCAAGGUUUUCGCGGGAUGGGCUUCGUCAUACAAGAGGUUCUGGUGCAUACGGAGCCAACGCCCGUAGUCAACGGCCAGGAACACUACAACAUGCCGGGGAAAAACUGGAAUGUUCGUGAACUCCUCGAAGUUUUCUCGCGAUCUGAAAACCAUCGUUGGUUCUGUCUUGCUCAUCUAUUCACUGAUCAGAAAUUCGAAGGAGGGAUCCUCGGCUUGGCGUACGUCGGCUCGCCCAGGAAAAACUCCGUAGGCGGAAUCUGCAGUCCAGGAUACGUUAAAAAUGGCCACACACUCUAUCUGAACUCUGGUCUGAGUACGUCGCGCAAUCACUACGGUCAUCGGGUGAUAACUCGAGAGGCCGACCUCGUCACCGCGCACGAGUUUGGACACAAUUGGGGAAGUGAGCACGAUCCUGACCUCCCUGAAUGCAGUCCCGACUCCCAGAAAGGCGGAUCUUAUCUCAUGUAUACAUAUUCGGUGUCCGGCUACGACGCCAACAACAAACGUUUUUCACCGUGCAGCGUCCGUUCCAUCCGGGCGGUGCUGCUUGCCAAAGCCGGAAAAUGUUUCUCGAAGCCCGAGGAGAGCUUCUGCGGGAACUUGUUGGUCGAAGAGGGCGAAGAAUGCGACGCGGGCUUGGGCGCCUCGUCCGAUAGGAGCGACCCAUGCUGCACGGCUCAGUGUAAACUCAAAGCUGGUGCCAAAUGCAGCGAUAGGAAUUCGCCCUGCUGCCGGGACUGUCAAUAUAUGGAAGUGGGCAACCUUUGUCGGGAGGCAAUGCCGAACGCCUGCAAGAAAGAGGCGUUCUGUUCGGGUGAGAGCGCCGAAUGUCCGCCAUCGAAACCCCAGGAGGACGAUUCCGCUUGCCUGGACCGGGGCAAAUGCCGAGCGGGUGAAUGUCUUCCGUAUUGUGAAACUCUGGGACAAAUCUCAUGCAUGUGUGAUAAUGAAUUAGACGCGUGCAAACGCUGCUGUCGGCAACAUCAGAACUCGACGUGCCAUCCGGUGGAGCCGAUCGAAAUCCUUCACGACGGCACGCCGUGCAUUCACGGCUUCUGUGAGGAGGGCUCUUGCAAAAAAACGGUUCAAGAUAUCGUUGAACGCUUCUGGGACAUAAUCGAAGACAUCGACAUCAAUACGGUGCUGAAAUUCCUCCACGACAAUAUUGUUAGCCUCGUUUUGCUACUUGUUACAGUUCUAUGGAUACCGGUGUCGUGCCUGAUCAGCUACGCGGAUCGGAAACGAUACCGCCAGAUGCAAGAAUGGGCGAAGAGUCGCGAGCCGGCCUCCGAGAAGAAACAGCCCUUCUCUCUACCGGAAGACACGAAUAUAAAAGUGAUCAAGAUUCCCAAAAACAUCAAAGUUAUCUCGAUGCAGACACGCGUUUCGGCCCCAACCAACGCCGCCUCCGGUACUUUGGAUCGUCGGAACAGCAACUCGUCGUCCACAUCGUCGUCGGCGAUCCUGCUGCCACAAACUCGUCAGUGGAAUCAGGCGGUUCGAACGACUGUAAUUCCGGCACCUCUUCAGAUGCAACAUCAACAAAUGAGGAUCGGCGUAUCGCCCCAAUGCUGCGUGAUGGAGCCGAAUGUUUCUUCACCCCCGGCGUAUGUUCCUCCGUCGGCGUAUUUCCCGGCGAAAUGCGACAUUUCCUUCUUGCCAUCGGGGGUGCGUGAAAGACGACGUGAGCCACCGACAAUGACUACGACGGCGGCUCCUUCGGCCGUCAAACAACCACGUUAUCUGCAGCAGGCCGUCGAAUCGAGAGCGAUGGCAAGUGCUGCGGCAGCGACGGCUACACCGCAGUACGAGAUGCACAACAUGCACGUCGCUUAUCCUUAUGGAGCGAACAAUCCCACUCCUCUCGGAGGCCACUUGAGUCCUCGCUAUCAAGUCAUGAUGGGAGCUCCGGAAUUGGACUACGCGAGUGUCUACGGAGCGACCAGAGCUCCACGGAAUCACCACGGUAUGCACGGCCAGCAACAAGAUAGAAGCGACUAUCUCUAG